AUGUUUAACUUUGUUUUAGGGGAUGCAAGAAAGAUAUACCUCAAAACUUGUGUGCCCUUGAUGAAGUAUGCAUUGAGAGGAGAUUGGGAAAAUGCACAGCCCUUUUUGUUGCAUCAAAGGAUGUUGGUAAAUGCCGGCAUUGCCAAAGGACACCCAACAAUGUUGCAUCUGGCAGCAGGAGCUAAUCAUUUUCAUUUUGUAAAGCAACUCUUAAAUUAUUUGAAUGAAGAUGAUUUAGCAUUACAAGAUUCUGAGGGAAACACUGCCCUUUGCUUAGCUGCUGGAGUAGGAAACAUGAAGAUGGUUGAGAUUAUGUUGCAAAAAACUCCUUCCCUGCCUGGAAUUAGGAAUAGAGAAGGUUUGACUCCUCUUCAUAUUGCGGCUAUACAAGGAAAACGUCAAAUGACAUCAUAUCUAUAUAACAAGACUAAACAAACACUUGAAGAUGUCGAUCGGAGGAAGUUAUUCUUCAUCUGCAUUCAAAAUGAUAUCGUUGGUAUAGCAUUGGAUUUAUUAAAUAAUAUGGAAGGUUUAGCUCUUGCAAAAGAUGAAAAGGAUGAGACAGGCUUGCAUGUCUUAGCUAAGAAGACUUCAAGUUUUAGUGGUAUGAAGCAGACUAAAGCUCUUCAAUUGGUUGGUAAGUUGUGGAAUUUGAUUCUGCAUACUGUUGACUCUGGGGUAGAUAUACAAGAAAUAAUCAAAGGACCAUUGUUUGGUGCUGCUGAAGUUGGAAAUUUUGAGUUUUUAGUUGUGCUCUUGAAGAAGUAUCCAGAUUUGAUUUGGGAGGUGGACAAUAGAAAUAGGACGAUAAUUCAUAUCGCAGUGCUAUAUCGACAUCCAAAAAUCAUGAACCUCAUCCAUGACAUUGGUCCAAUCAAAGAUGUCAUAUUGACACUUACCGAUAUAGAAGAUGGGAAUAACAUAUUGCAUCUUGCCGCAAAAGUAACACCAUCAAAUAGAUUUGAGUUGGUGAUAGGCGCAGCAUUUGAAAUGAUAUGUGAGCUAGUAUGGUUUGAGGUAGUUUGCCCUUAUGUGCUUUCGGAGGUGAAGAAGAUUAUGUUGCCCUUACAUAUUGAGAAGAGAAAUUUGGAAGGCCUAACUCCUCAACAAUUAUUCAGUAGAGAGCAUGCUAAAUUACGACAACAUGCAGCGGAUUGGAUGAAAUUCACUGCAAGUUCUUGUAUGCUGGUUUCAUCACUCAUUGCGAGUGGAAUGUUCUCGAUUGCAUUCGGCAUAACAGAGUAUGCAAGUAAUCCAACAAGUCUUACAUUUGCAAUAUCUAAUGCUCUUGCAUUGGUCUCAAGUUUAAUAUCAUUUGUGGCUUUUCUGUCUGUCCUCACUUCAAGAUAUGAGGAACAUGAUUUUCACAAAUCUCUACCUAGAAAGCUGAUGACUGGAUUGCUGACUCUUUGCUUAGCCAUAUCAUUCAUGAUGUUGGCAUAUUGCAGUGGCUUUUACAUUACAUACUUCGACGGCAAAAGGUGGGUGAGUGAUCCAUUGGAGCACAGUUGA